AAAUAGACGACUUUCUAGGUCAAGAAGAGAAACCUGCAUGGGGUGAUCGUCAGUCGAUGCCAUACCUUGCAGCCACAAUAAUGGAGGUACAGCGAAUUGGCAACAUCGUUUCAGCAUUCCCACAAUACACCACAGAAGAGGUUGAAAUAAACGGCUACAAUAUCCGCGCUGGUAUUACGGUAUUAGCAAACAUAUGGAGCGUUCACUAUGAUCCCAAUCACUGGGAAAGACCGUUUGAGUUUGAGCCAGGGAGGUUUUUAGAAAACGACCUCAAGACGUUAAAGAAGCAGGAGACGUUUAUUCCUUUUGGCGCAGACUUCUCAUGUCUAACAAGCUACCACCAGGUCCUCUUGGCUGGCCGAUCGUCGGAUCUAUCCCGCACAUCGACAAGGAGUCGUAUUUGACUUUCGACAAAUGGGCAAAAGAAUAUGGCGACAUAUACACAGUGAAGUUAGGCUGGACCACAGCCGUGAUUUUGAAUAGCUUUGACGCUAUAAAAAGUACACUGAAAGAUCAAGGAGAUAAGUUUAUUGACAAACCACGUUUACCUAUCAUAGAAUUGGGUUUUACACAAGGUAAGAAUAUUCGGUGGCGGGCCACCCAUGGA